AUGGUGAAUAUUACGGAAAAGAUCAAGGAGAUUGAGGAGGAGAUGAAGAGGACGCAAAAAAACAAGGCGACUGAAUAUCAUUUGGGUCUAUUAAAAGGAAAACUUGCUCGACUAAGGGCGCAACUUCUGGAGCCUGGUCCUGGCGCUGGUGGUGGUGGCGGCUCAGGGUUUGAUGUCAGUAAAAGUGGUGAUGCGCGAAUUGCUCUUGUCGGUUUCCCAUCAGUAGGAAAAUCGACCUUCCUAUCUAAAGUCACCAAAACGCGGUCAGAGGUCGCCUCUUAUGCCUUCACAACUUUGACAGCCAUUCCCGGUGUGCUGGAGUAUGGUGGUGCUGAGAUUCAGCUGCUCGAUCUUCCUGGUAUUAUUGAGGGUGCUUCCGAGGGCAAGGGUCGAGGACGACAGGUUAUUUCAGCUGCCAAGACCAGUGACCUUAUUCUCAUGGUUCUGGACGCUACGAAGAAGGCCGAGCAAAGGGCACUGCUGGAGGCUGAAUUGGAGGCAGUCGGCAUUCGUCUUAACCGAGAGGCACCCAACAUUUACCUCAAGGUCAAGACGGCGGGUGGUAUGAAGAUCACAUUCCAGUCACCUCCCAAGAACCUGGAUGAGAAGAUGCUUUACAACAUCUUGCGCGACUACAAGAUCCUCAACUGUGAGGUUCUUGUCCGUGACGAAAACGCUACAGUCGACGACUUUAUCGAUGUUAUCAUGAAGGACCACCGAAAGUACAUCAAGUGUCUCUACGUCUACAACAAGAUCGACAGUGUCUCGCUCGACUUCCUGGACAAGCUGGCACGUGAGGACCACACGGUUGUGAUGAGUUGUGAGGAUGACUUGGGCAUCCAGGAUGUCGUGGAUAGGUGUUGGAAGGAGCUCAAGCUGAUCCGCAUUUACACCAAGCGCAAGGGUGCCGAGCCAGACUUCAGCGAGGCCUUGAUUGUGCGCAGCAACAGCACUAUCGAGGAUGUCUGUGACCGUAUUCACAGAACUCUCAAGGACACAUUCAAGUAUGCAUUGGUGUGGGGUGCCAGUGCAAGACAUGUUCCUCAACGAGUCGGUCUGGCACAUCCCGUGGCUGAUGAAGAUGUAGUAUACAUUGUCAGCGCCUGGAAAGCAUAG